AUGGAACUUUCUGAUGAAUCGAGGGUUCUCAUUAUUUACACAGGUGGAACCAUUGGGAUGCUUGUUGGGCAGCAAGGUUAUGUUCCGGAACCGCACUUCCUCACGGAAACGUUGAGAAGCCAAACUCGCUUUCAUGACCCACUUCAAGAUUCUUUAUUUUCGAAUUCAGGUUCUGUGCAAGGUUUUCGGGAUUGGAGCAAGGGCACCAGUAGCCGAUCGGAAAGUCCACGAAGUAGUGCGCGAAAAUCCAUCCGUUACGCCAUCCUUGAGUGGACUCCUCUUUUGGAUAGCAGCAAUAUGGCGAUCGAAGACUGGAUUCGCAUAGCGACAGAAAUUGAGCUCAAUUACGCAUUCGACGCGUUCGUCGUCCUACAUGGAACAGAUACGAUGUCGUACACCUCAAGCGCUCUAAGUUUUUUGCUAGAAGACCUAGGAAAAACCGUUAUACUCACGGGCGCGCAAAUACCUUUAUCUCAGUUACGCAAUGACGCUGUGGAUAAUUUGAUAGGUGCACUCAGCAUUGCAGGCCACUAUAUCAUUCCAGAAUGCUGUCUUUAUUUCAACCAUACGCUCUAUCGUGGAAACCGAGUCUCGAAGAUGUCGUCUUAUGAUCUCAGUGCUUUUGAUAGCCCAAAUUUUCCCCCACUUGUAAAAGUCGGUAUUGAUAUUGUUGUGAAUUGGAAUGAUGUUAUUCGCCAAACGAGUGUCAGAAAAUUUCGGGCUCAUAAAGCGACAUUACGGCUAUUUCCCGGGAUUAGUGGUGCAAUGAUCAGAGCCUUCUUUACGCCACCUAUUCGUGGAGUUGUGCUCGAGACCUUUGGAGCUGGCAAUGCGCCUCAGCGAGCGGAUGUCAUGGAAGCACUGAAGGAGGCCUGUGACGACGGCAUUGUUGUUGUGGCCAUCUCGCAGUGUACCAAGGGAUUGGUGUUGGAUGUGUAUGAGACGGGAAGAACCCUGACGCAGGCAGGCGUUGUACCUGGGAUUGAUAUGACGCCAGAGUGCGCACUUACGAAGUUGAGCUACCUCCUAUCCAAGCCAGAACUCACGGUCAAGGAAAUUCGUGACCUGAUGGGUGUUCCCCUACGAGGUGAACUCACU